AUUCAGUAUGCCACCUCCACCAGGCGAACACUACUCUCUAGAUGAGUUUGUGAAGUUAGAUAAGAUCGGUGAAGGCACUUAUGGUGUUGUUUACAAAGGUAAGCAUAAGAAAACCAACAAACUUGUGGCUAUGAAAAAAAUCCGUUUAGAGGGGGAAGAUGAGGGUGUUCCAUCAACCGCAAUACGCGAGAUUUCUUUGCUGAGGGAACUCAAGCAUCCAAAUGUUGUGGGACUGGAAGACGUCAUCAUGCAGGAAAAUCGCCUUUACCUCAUUUUCGAAUUUCUUUCAAUGGAUCUCAAAAGAUAUUUGGAUCAGCUGCCAGCAGACAAACGUCUACCACCUGCUGAAUGUAAAAGUUACAUGUUCCAGAUUUGUCAAGCUGUUUGCUUUGCUCAUCAACGUCGCGUGAUUCACCGUGAUUUAAAACCACAGAAUCUUCUUGUAGAUGGAAAAGGUGCAAUAAAACUUGCCGAUUUUGGACUAGCACGUGCAAUUGGUAUUCCAGUCAGAGUGUAUACUCAUGAGGUUGUGACGCUGUGGUAUCGAGCUCCGGAAAUCCUACUUGGAACACAGCGUUACUCAAUGGGUGUCGAUAUGUGGUCAAUUGGUUGCAUCUUUGCGGAGAUGGCAAGCAAAAAGCCGCUGUUUCAGGGUGAUUCAGAGAUCGACGAACUGUUCCGCCUUUUCAGGGAAUCUAUAUCUUCGGUACUUAGAAUAUUGGGAACGCCAACUGAAGCAGAAUGGCCUGGAGUCAGUCAACUUCCAGACUAUAAGCCAACUUUCCCAAAAUGGAAGGGUAAUUCGCUAGCCGAGAAAAUGGCUAACUUUAUGGAUCCUGAUGCGAUCAAUCUGCUUGAGUCUAUGCUUGUGUACGAUCCAUCCAAGAGAAUCUCUUCACGUAGAGCUUUGCAUCACGCUUAUUUCGAUGAUGUUGACACCUCCAAAGUCCCCGCUGGUAACUACCGUGGUGAACUGGUGCUGAACUAAUC